UGAUAUACAAUGCUAUACAAACAAAUCUAUCUUUAUGAUAAUGAUUAUCUUGUCGGCCGGUAGUCCGGUAGUGUGCGCAGGGACACCGCGCGCGACAGACCUGCGCGUGCGCAGCGCAUCAAACUUUUAGUGAUUGUGAUGUUAUCGUGUUGCCAUGGAUAGAAUAAACUUUACUGUGAACGGAGAUCAUUAUUCUCUGUCUGGAACAGAAGUGAGUGCGCAGACGAGUUUGAACGAGUACCUCCGGGGCCACCUGCAGCUGUAUGGCACGAAAGCGAUGUGCCACGAGGGUGGCUGCGGCGCAUGCGUCGUGUCCGUCUCACAAGUGCACCCCGUCACUAAGGAGAAACAUGUGUUCGCUGUCAACUCCUGCCUGGUCCAAGUCCUAUCAUGCCACGAAUGGGAUAUCACAACGGUGGAAGGUAUCGGGAACAGGAGAACAGGCUACCACUCUAUACAGAACCGCCUCGCCAUGUUCAAUGGUACGCAGUGCGGGUACUGCACGCCUGGUUGGGUUAUGAAUAUGUACAGUCUUGAGAAGUCUAACAAGAAGCUUACUACGCAACAAGUGGAAAACUCAUUUGGCGGUAACAUGUGUCGGUGUACCGGUUACAGACCUAUCUUGGACGCUUUCAAGAGUUUCGCUACUGAUACGGAUCCUGAGCUGCAGGAUAAAUUACAGGACUUAGAAGACCUACACAUUACCAAAUGUGCAAAGAAAUGCAAUCGCAAAUGCAGCAGGUCAGAAGACGAGUGGUGCCUCAUAGAAGACAAUCAAGGUUCGCUGAAGGAGCUAGCAUUGGUUGGAGGAAAGUGGUUCAAGGCGUAUACUGUACAAGACGUGUUUAAGGUAUUGGCGCGUGAGGGUACCGACAAUUAUAGACUUGUAUCAGGAAACACUGGCAAAGGUGUAUACCCAAUAAACGUGGAAGCAAAGACGAUCAUAGACAUAUCAUCGAUCGAGAGCCUAAAACUGACGCAGUCUGAUGAAAACCUGAUCCUUGGUGCUGGCAUGACAAUCACUGACGUCAUGAAAACAUUCAAGGACUGGAGCAAAAAGAAUGCAGACUUCAGCUAUUUGGGAACACUAUAUAGCCACUUGGAUUUAGUUGCGCAUGUGCCUGUUCGGAAUGUGGGGACAAUCGGCGGCAACUUGGCUUUAAAAAAUCAAAACAAAGUCUUUCCGUCAGAUUUAUUUUUGAUAUUUGAAACUGUUGGAGCAACAGUUACUAUCAUGAACAGUGACCUAAGUAAGGUAGAAAUGAAAAUCAAAGACUUUAUGAAUGCUGACCUGAAGGACAAAUUAAUAUCUGAUGUAAAACUACCGCCAUUAUCGACUAGCAGCCACGUUAAAACGUAUAAGAUCAUGCCUCGUGCGCAAAACGCACACGCAAUAGUCAACGCGGGUUUCCUUUUCAAAAUGGAUACAGCAAACUUGAUCAAAUCUGCGAACAUUGUCUACGGAAACAUCAGCUCUACCUUCGUGAGAGCAUCUCAAACUGAGAAACUGCUCGGUGGACAGAAUUUGUUCUGUAACGAAGUCUUGUUAAAAGCUUUAAAGAAACUGAACGAGGAAAUAGAUCCUGUGGACGUCCCACCAGAACCAUCGCCUCUUUGCAGGAAGACCUUGGCCUUGGGUUUGUUUUAUAAGGCAGUUCUAUCCCUUUAUCCUGACGCGAGCCCGCGAUACAAGUCCGGUGGUAUCCCGCUCUCAAGACCUAUCUCCCGCGGCACGCAGACCUACGAGACUGACAAGACGCUGUGGCCUCUCAACCAACCUGUGCCGAAACUGGAGGCGCUUUCCCAGUGUGCAGGAGAGGCUACCUACUCUUGUGAUGUAAAUCUCGGCGCGCGCGGCGUUCACGUCGCUUUCGUGCUGUCCGACGUGUGUCGUGCCGAAAUAUUGGAGAUAGAUGCUACUGCGGCUCUGAAAAUUCCAGGCGUCAUCGCAUUCUUCUCAUCAAAAGACAUUCCCGGAAGAAACUCCUUCACUUCAACAGCCGUGCCUUGGAUAGUUGAAGAUGAGGAAAUCUUCGCGUCAAAGAACAUUCUAUACCACGGCCAGCCUAUAGGAGUAGUGGCAGCAACGUCAGCUAGUCUGGCUCUGACUGCUGCCGAGCUGGUCAAAGUUAAAUACAAGAAGAAGGAUGAGAAACCUGUGCUGGAUAUCAAAGAUGCUUUGACAGCUCCUGAUAAAGAUAGAAGGAUCCGUAAAGAAGUCGACGUGGAAGCGAAGGACAAAGGCACGGACAUCCAGCAUACGUUCACAGGCACCUUCUCCGUACCCUCACAGUACCACUACACGAUGGAGACCCAGAGCUGUUCCACGCACGUGUCUGAAGAAGGAAUCUUAGUGCGGUCUGCUACUCAGUGGAUGGAUCUCAUUAAUGUUGCAGUAGCCAGAGCACUUAAUAUUGACGAGAAUAAGGUCCUUGUGGAAGUCUCCCGUCUAGGCGGCGGCUAUGGCGGCAAGGCGUCGCGAUCUUCACUCAUAGCCUGCGCCAGCGCACUCGUCACUCACAAGCUCAACAGGAACGUGACGCUUACUAUGCCUAUUGUGCAUAACAUGAGGGCUAUCGGCAAACGCUCCAACUGCCAGUUUACCUACGAGUGUGGUGUAAACAAUGACGGCUUGAUCCAGUACCUCAACGUGACGUACUACUCCGACGGGGGCUGUAGCUUCAACGACAACUCGACGGGAGACAUCGUGACGUCAAUCACCAACCUUUACAGCAGCGACCGGUUCAAAGUGACCGGGUACAGCGUGCUCACUGACAAGCCGAGUGGGACCUGGUGUAGGGCACCUGGUACAACGGAGGGUAUGUCUUUCAGCGAACAUAUAAUGGAGCGAAUCUCACAAAUAACGGGGAAGGACCACGUCGACGUCAGACUUACAAACCUAGCACCAAAACAUGACGUCAUAAGAGACAUGAUAAUGUCAUUCAAAAUGGACACAGAGUUUAAUGACCGAAAAACCGAAAUAGCUAAUUACAAUCAACAGAAUGCUUGGAAAAAACGAGGAUUGAAGAUCUCCUUAAUGUCCUAUCCUAUAGGUUACUCAUGGAACUACCCCGUAACUAUAUCAGUGUAUCAAGCAGAUGGGACUAUAGCCAUAUCCCACGGCGGUAUUGAGAUGGGGCAAGGUAUCAACACGAAAAUAGCUCAAGUGUGCGCAUACUCCUUAAAAGUUCCUUUAGAGAAGAUCACAGUGCGGGGUGCCAAUAGUUUCGUAUCUCCAAAUUCUAUGGCAUCCAAUGGAAGUUUAACUAGUGAUUCUGUAGCGUACGCGACACUAAAAGCUUGUGAAGAUCUGACUAAGAGGUUAGAACCAGCGAAGAAGGAUCUGAAUGAACCCACUUGGGAGGAGGUCAUCAAAAAUGCGUACGAGAAAGGUAUAAACCUCCAAGCUUCCUACAUGACGUCACCCAAUGACGGGCUGGUCGGCUACAAUGUGUAUGGCGUAUGUGCAGCUGAAGUAGAACUGGACGUCUUGACUGGCAACCAUGUUAUAAGGAGGCUUGAUCUCCUCGAAGAUACUGGAGUCAGCAUGAGCCCGGAGAUUGAUGUUGGACAGAUCGAAGGUGCCUUCAUAAUGGGCGUAGGUCUUUGGACUUCCGAAGAGUUGAAGUAUGACAAGUAUACCGGCAGACUGCUAACAGACCGAACGUGGACUUACAAGCCACCAGGAGCUAAAGACAUUCCCGUUGACUUCAGAAUCAUGUUUAGAAGAAACUCUGUUAAUACGGCUGGAGUUUUGAGGUCUAAAGCUACUGGUGAACCAGCCUUAGUUCUCAGUGUCGCCGUAAUAAAUGCACUCAAUGAAGCAAUCGCUGAUGCCAGGACAGAGUUUGGGUAUCCUAAAAAUGAAUGGGUAGUUGUAGAUACCCCGUACACGGUAGAACACAUACUGGCCGCGAUAUCGCCGAAGAUAGAGAGCUAUAAGUUAAAAUAAAUUAAUAUAAUAAAAAGUUUUAUCCUCUCUCGUCAAGUUACAUUUAUACAAUCAUUAACGUGUACGGGGCAGGCGUCUCAUUGUUGCGGCGUUUUGCCUGCCGUCAGAUGAACCCUGCCUUAAAGCCUAUUGGGAAGAUUUUAAGUAUGGAGUUUUAUGCACUAGGAUCGAUAUCAAGAUAUAAUAUAUUAUUGUAUACGUAUGUUAAUAUUUAAUUAAAUAAAAAAAAA